AUGCCACCAAAAGCACCAAAAGCACCAAAAGGAGGUGAAACCCUGGCCAGCAUCCUCAUCGGCGGCACGCUCUAUGCAGUCGCAGUGACAGGCAUGGCAAGUCUAUUUGAGCAAGCAGGUGACAAGAAGGAUAGCAAAGAAGAUUCCAAGCAAGCAGAGCCGAACUGGUUACAAAGAAAUUUCCCAGCAAAAGAAAAAGGUUAUUACAUGAAACAGGUUGAAGAGGAAUUCAGGGAUCAUCACGAGAAGCUGAAAAUAGAACGACAACAGUCACCACCAACAUACGAUACAUCGCUUCUCAAAUUAACUGAGCAAGAUCGCUUGCAAGCAGAGAACAUGCUGAAGCCUUGA